AUGAGAGUUGCUUUAAAAAAAGGCAGUGAGUCUGGUUUGAUAACAGCAGGCCUUAGAGGAAAACAUACCCCAGCAAAUAAAUUGCCAAGUGAAAGAUUAGAACGGAUCAGAAACCUUAUUUCUAACUUCCCAGUUUAUGAAAGCCACUACAGCAGAGAAAGGUCCAAGCGCAGAUAUUUGGGGAAUCACCAGAAUAUUUCCACAAUGUACUUAGUGUAUGUAGAUGAGUGCCAACAAGAAAACAUAAAACCAGAAAAAAAGUGGGUUUAUUCUAAGGUUUUCAAUGAACAUUUCAACUUGUCUUUCCACUUAUCAGACAAUGACACUUGUGAUGUUUGCGAUAAACUGCACUGUGAAAUUAAAAAUGAAGAAAAACUCAUUGAUCUUAAAGUACAAAAAGAAAACCACCUAAAAGAUGCUUCACUUAGGUAUGACUUAAAACGAGAGGAUAAACUUGAAGCCCGUGCUAAUCAAGAUUUCAGAGUCAUUAUGUCUGAUUUCCAAAAAUGUCUUCCAAUGCCUGAUUUGAAGCAUUCCUAA